CUAGGAUUAAAUGUCAGGAAUUGUGAAAAACUGAGUUUAAAUGUAUUUGACUAAGGUGUAUGUAAACUUCCGACUUCAACUGUAUGUUCUGCCCAUCGCCUAGAUGGAGUGCUAUGGAGGAUGUUAGCCCCUGAUGCUCGAACAAAGUUGACAAAAGGCCUCUAAUAGACAACGGUCAUUGCUAUGCGGGAUCCUUGGGACAUCCCUACCAUAAACCCUAACCUUAACCGUAACCCCUACCCCUACCAUUCCCCUUACCCUAACAAUAAACGUAACAAUAACCAUAACCUAACCCUAACCUAAACACUUAACCUUACCCACUUUACGUUUCAACUUCAAUGGGUUAGCACAGACCAAUAGACAAUAUCCUCUCCUGCAACUGCCAGGAAUAAGGAAGCUGAAACCAACAGAUGCCAUCUUGCUGCCUUUGUUGUUCCCUAGAGCUGUACUUGUACUUUUCCCCCCAUCAUCUUUCGUAUACCCGCAGAGUUCAAUUUGAAUGUUAGUAGUUAUGUUAUUGUCCUUGUAAGCUUUCGUUGUUUAUUCCAGACAAGUUAUCUGUCUGCAAACACGGUAUCCCUUACAUGGGCAGUACACAUGAAAACAAUGCAUAAAAACAAACCUCAUUCAUGGGUCUCGUAUUACUCUUGGGCUGGUGUCAUGUGACCCGUCAGAACAUGAAAAUGAAUAGACGCUGAUCUUUAAUUCUCAGUCGUGGUCAUGAGAUACCCGUGAGAAUUGUUAUGUGUGUCAAUCUAAUUCAUGCCCAACUUACUUCUCAGGUGUCACACAAAGGAAAACCCUUUGUGAUACCAUCGAAUAGCCGUUUAUAACACAUUUUCCUAGAGGCCUGAAUUGAAUGGUGAAACACAACACUGGGUGGAUCUUUGGUACAUUUAGGUAGUCCUUUGACCCAUUUCAGAGAGCCAGAUGUAUUGCCUUACCUCGGAUUUUAAAAAAAGGAGACAAGAACGAGUCUUAGUCAGAGGUCACUCUCAAGGGGCUAGGGCGCCAAGAGUAUAUCUACUGUGCAACUCUCGUCUUCCCCCUCACAAUUGAGGAAAGACCAGACAGAGACAACAUGAAGAUGCAGAUGCUGCUGGUGUUGGCUGUAGCAGUCUUGAUGGUUCCCAGUCUGUCUGAGGGACGGAUCCUCUCAAAAUGUGAGCUGAAGAGCUUAUUGGAGGAGGCGGCCUUCAAAUUCAACCUGACUGAGAAAGCCAGAGAGAAUUAUCUGACAAACAAGGACUUUGUGGCAAAAAUCGUCUGCCACGUAGAGAAGGCCACAGGUUUCAACACCAGUUUUGUGACUCCUUGGAGGGAUGAUGAUGACAGCCCUACCCGCCCUGCUAAGGACGAUAACCGUCCGACCCGUCCUACCCACCCUGAGCACCCUCCUAGGAGGGGUAAGAGACACGCUGGGGAUUCUCACGGAGAUUCAUCCAGCGCUGAAAGUCAUCAGUUCAGCCCAUCAAAAGAGGACUCCAGAAAAGAAGACUCCAGCGAAGAGGAGACCAGCGAAGAAGAGACCAUGUGGACCCUCUACGGCUUGUUUCAGCUGAGCGACCGUGUGAUCUGUGCCAACGGCUCCACUCCGUCUCUGAACCUUUGCCAGAUGAACUGCAGUGAUUUGAUUGACGACGACAUCAGUGACGACUUGGACUGUGUGGAGACAAUCAAACAGACAGUGGAAAGUGGGCCCAGGGAUCAUAAAAUGGCUUUAAUGAGAAUGUUUAAGCUGCUCUUCCAGAAGGAAUGUGUCAUGACGGUUGCCUCUAGCUACUUCUCCGAGUGUUGAAUGAGAAGCCAUGUCAGAUGACGACCCCCCCCAAAGUGUCUUUUCGCACACUAAUCGUUCACUCUUUCAACAAUACAUUGAGUUACAUAGGGUGAAUUUACACAGGCAGCCCAAUUCUAAGCUUUUGCCCAAUUAUUAACCAAUUGCAAAAUAUGACCAAUGCCAAAAGAUCAUAAUUGAGCUUCCUGUGUAAAUGUAGCCAUGGUGUGUAACAAUUAGUUCUCAUCAGUCUCAUUUUCACAAAGUACACCAAAAUAGAAUGUAUGUAGAAAUAAUAAAGUUUAACAGUGUAUUUCUUUG